ACUCAAUAAAUGGUUUGAGAAAAUCCAAAACGACACAAUCUACCACCCCCGUAAAUCUCUUUCACACACCUCUUCUCCGCCAACAUCGCAACGGUUCGCCGGAGUACUGCGGCGGUGCCACCAACUUCUAAAAAGUUAACUUUGUUUACUUGCCUGCCUUGCUCUAACUAACGGCCAAUUCGCCGGAUUUUCUAGUCAGUUCGCCGGUGUUUGCUUUGGAUUGAUCAGCAAAAGGUACUGAUCGGUUUAUUACAGAGGAAUUCAAGAUGAUUGGAUCUUUUAUCACCAGAGUGCUUGUGAUGGUUUUUGGUUAUGCUUAUCCAGCUUAUGAAUGCUUCAAAACUGUGGAGAUGAACAAACCAGAUAUUCAGCAACUCCGCUUUUGGUGCCAAUAUUGGAUCUUAGUUGCUAUGUUGACAGUUUGUGAGAGGUUCGGUGAUGCUUUUAUUUCAUGGGUUCCAAUGUACAGUGAAGCUAAGCUGGCAUUCGUCAUUUACUUGUGGUGCCCCAAAACUAAGGGAACUACAUACGUCUAUGAUGCCUUUUUUAAACCUGUGAUUUUAAGGCAUGAACCUGAGAUUGAUAAAAGUUUGUUGGAGUUGAGGACCAGAGCAGGAGAUAUGUUCUUUUUAUACUGGCAGAAAGCUGCUAGCUAUGGCCAGACGAGGGUUUUCGACAUUUUGCAGUACAUUGCUUCGCAGUCAAAUCCACCUCCCCCCACUCAGACACAAAGGCAAAGCAGUAGAGGUCGUCAACCCACAGCAUCACUAAAUCGCAGGUCAUCUGCUUCAGCAACACAAGUACAGGCUGAAGAACAAGCACCCCGUGCUUCUUCUGAAUCUUCAAGCGAGGAUGAAGCAGAUUCAGCAGAAGAGGCAGGAUCCUCCAAAGGUCCUCCACCUGCGUCCACUGCAGCUGCGAAUGCACAAAAAGCAACUCCCUCCAAAUCACUGGUUUCAACUGUAGCUGCUUCUCUGAACACACAAAAAGCAUCUCCCUCCAAAUCCCUUGCUGAAAUCACAAAACCUUCCACGUCUUUUGAAACUCGAGUGGUGCAGAUUGAUUCCGUGCCUCCCUCAGCCACUGAAAGUGUUAACCCUCCUGCUGAGGCAGCCUUGGAGGAAGCAGUCCGAGUAACACGCGCCAGAUCAAGAAAGACAAGGACCUCAAACAACCCUUGAUUUGUGUCAUCAAGUACUUAACCCCCCAUGGUAAUUUGAAUAUGUAGUUUAUAUACAUCGGAAAAAGGAUUGGUUCUUCAAUGUACAUCUGGCAUAUCUUAGUUCAUUCAUUACUGUUGUCCAUGAUUUUUUAGCAUGGCUCGAAAAGUAUAAGGGUCGUCGAGUGUGUAGGAUUGCCAGAUGCAAUUACCAUUCAUUAUUAAAUAUCCAAAUUAAAGUACUUGCGUUUGUGUGAAGGUGGGAAAAUGAUCAUGAAUCUAUGAAGUUAAAGAGUUAUCUUAGA